CGCCAUUACUAAGGGACCGUGUUGUCAUUCUUCAAAUGUGGGAAGCGGUUGGCUCGUUUUAAAGUUUUCCCUGUAUUUUGAGCCCAAGGCUUUAAAAUGGCUGACUACUGGAAGUCACAACCAAGGAAGUUCUGCCAGUACUGCAAGUGCUGGAUAGCAGACAAUAAGCCUAGCGUUGAGUUCCACGAAAGGGGGAAGAAUCACAAAGAAAAUGUGGCUGCCAAAAUUUCAGAGAUUAAGAAGAAGAGCGUUGAAAAGGCAAAACAGGACGCACGUAUGUGUAAACAGUUCGCGGCUAUGGAGGAGGCUGCGCUGAAAGCAUACGAGGAAGACCUGAAGCGGAUGGAAAGGGAAUCGUCAGGAUCAAGUUCUCCAGCUCAAGCGAGUUCUCCGGCACAAGUAAGUUAUCCAACCCAGGCGACGUCGACAUCGACAUCGACAUCACGGCCUGGCCCGCAGCCUCAGCCCAAGCCCAAGCCCCAGCAACAGCGAAAAUCCCAGCCCAAAAAACAGCAAAGGAAAAUAGAGAGAGCGAGACAGCAGACAGAAAUGCCAGUUUGGGUUGAAGGCGUGACGGAUGACGGACAAUUGUACUACUACAACACGGUGACAGGAGAAUCUCAAUGGGACAAACCAGGGGGAUUCCAGGGAGAGAGUUCUGCCCCUGCACAGUCUGAACAGACAGAGAGUUCAGGCUCUGCUUGGAUGGAGGCUGUCAGUCCAGAUGGCUUUACAUAUUACUACAACACGGAAACCGGAGAGUCCAGUUGGGAGAAUCCGGCGGACUUAGCUUCUACUGAGGCAUCUGGAGGCGGCUCUGGCUCCAACAGAGAGGAGGGGGGAGAGAAGGAGGAGGACGAGGAGGAGCCUUCGGCCCCUGAGCCGGAGCCGCUCUCUGGAGGGGAGGAGAGCUCCGACGGGGCACAGGCGUCUCAGGAAGCCGCGGUCCCCGAACAAGCCAGCCAGCAGCCCAAAGUCCCGAAGAUCAGCUUCAGGAAAAGAAAAGCAGAGGCCGAACCUUCGGAAAAAGAGGGAGACGAUAAAGCCGGCGAUGAUGCUCCUGGCGAGACUGAUGAUAAAGACGCAAAAACAGAGGAAGAGGUUCAAAGCACAGCGAUUGAACCGGAGAAGACGGAGGAAGUGGUGACACAAGCGGCGAGGCAAGCCAAAAAGCCUAAGACGGCCAAUCCCUACGGGGCCUGGGAGCAGAUCAAGGAAGAGGAGGACCCGUACUCCAAGGUGGACUUACAGCUCCCCCAGGUGGAGGAAGCCGCAUCCAGCACUCCGAGCGACCUGCCGCCAGAACCGAAGCCCAAGUUCAGGGAGCGCAUCAUCACGUCCCUCGGAGAAGAGGGCGGACCCGCGUCUUUCAAGAAGAACAAGACACAGAACAGCAGAUCCAGGAGCCUCCGACAGAGAGACAACGAUGACUGACCCAAACGCAGCUCUUUCAAGGAUGAUCUCUGGGUUUUUUUUCUUGCUUAAGAUACUCAAAUAUCUUUUUUUUUUCUCCUUUCAAAUACAUUUUUAGGACAAGUUGACCAACGUAACAAAAUCUACAAUUUCUCAAAUUCUAAGAGUCUUGCUAAGACAUUGAUUCCUGUCAUGUAGUGAGCCGUCGCGAUGCAAAGCAGUUCAAAUAAGUCUUACACAUCUACAUCCGUAUUUUAAUAAGUUAUAAAAGGCAUUCUUUUUUUAUCAGUUGUCGAUGGAAGAUGGGAAAAUGUGAAUCAAUAAAGGAUGACUGUCGUGGUUAAA